AUGGCUGAAGAGAGCUUCGCCACCGCUUUAUCCAGCGGGGAAAUUACUGUGGAGUUAUUCCACCAGCGUCAUAUUACGUACCUGCAUCAGAUCAUUCGAGCGUCAGCCCACAAUGGCGCCUUGAGGAGGCAACUCUGGAUAGCAGAUACCGAGCGCCAGCGCAGGUUGAUUGGCGAAAUGGCAGCUGCCAACCUGUCCCACCAUCAGCAACUACACUGGGAGAAGGUCGCUCAUGCGCAGACCAGGCAGGCAUUAGAGGUCGAAAAGAAUUUACAUCUCCAGACGAGAACAGUCAUUGAUCGUCAGGAGCAUACGCUUUCUAGUGUUCGUGCAGCCCUCAAUGCUACCGAGCAGGCUUUGGGUCUUGAGCGUGAGCGAUCGGAGGAAAUGGCAGCAGAGUUAGACCGGACACUGAGGAAGUUUCACUUGGUGGAUACGUUAGUGGACACGAUGCUUCUUCAGGAGGACAUCCAGUUGGAUAUGCCUGACCGUUCCAGACAAAUCACUGAUUUGAUACUGGACUUGGAGAGGCAAAUGGAAGAAAGGUAUCGUGAUUUACUGAGCCAGAAAGAUGUACAAAUCGCACGGUUGGAAGACAUGCUUGGAAGCCUGAAAAAGAGGGCAUUGUCUGGAAGAGCACAGAGUGAGCCGGCUAGCUAA